AUGGCUAGCGCAGGACAAGCUUUGAACGUGCCAGUUCUCCUUGCUGGCUACAGAUUUAGCCCUUACAAUGAUGAUCUUAUUGUUUAUUAUUUGAAGAGAAAAAUUCUGGGCCAACAACUUCCUGCUGAUGUUAUUACCACCACUGAUGUAUAUGCUUCAAGCCCUGAUAAACUCCCCUUAGAUGAUUUUAAGGGUGGGGUGGCAAACGAGUGGUUUUUCUUUUCAAAUAGAAGCAAGGAUGAUGACACUAUUGCACUGGAUGGUGGCUACUAUGAAAUCGAUCCCGAGGGUGCUGGCCCGAUCACAUGGGAGGGAAAAGUUGUUGGUUAUGUAAAGACUCUGAAUUUCUAUCAAGGAAGCUCACCUAAUGGAACUGAAACUGAAUGGAUGGUAGAGGAGUUCAGAGUGAAUCCCGAGUUUCUUCCAGUUAACAACAACGACCGUAGCACUCAAGAAAAGAUAGCAAACCUUGUUGCAUGCAAAAUUUCUCGAGUGCAACCUGAACCUGAGUGGUAG